AAUCACCAAACUCUUUUUGCAGCUUAUAUGUGUUAAACGUGACACAAGAACUGAUCUUUUCUGAGAAGAAAAUGGCUGCAAUUGCUUCAAUCACCCCAAACUCAACUUCAUCCUCUUCAGCAUACCCCAAUUUCAGGUCCUCCCCAUUGACUAUCUCUUCCAAAAUUACUCCAGAUUGUUCUUGCCUUUUGACUCUAAGAUCAGGUCAUGCAUCUAAGCAAAGACUUGCUUCACAGAAUCGGCGUGGCCUGAUUAUCCGAUGUGCAGCAACAAAGCCUGCAAAGUCACCAGCUGAAGAAGAGUGGAAGGUUAAGAGGGAACUUCUCUUGGAGAAAAGGGUAAGAAGUGUGGAUGCAAAGGAAGCUUUUCGCCUCCAAAAGGAGAAUAACUUUGUGAUUCUUGAUGUACGACCUGAAGCUGAAUUUAAAGAGGCUCAUCCCACAGGUGCAGUUAAUAUUCAGAUAUAUAGGCUCAUAAAGGAGUGGACGGCUUGGGACAUCGCCAGACGUGCGGCAUUUGCAUUUUUCGGCAUCUUUUCCGGCACAGAAGAGAACCCUGAGUUCAUCCAAAGUGUAGAAUCAAAAUUUGACAAGGAUGCAAAGAUAAUAGUGGCAUGCACCACUGGGGGUACAAUGAAGCCAUCCCAAAAUCUCCCUGAAGGUCAACAGUCAAGGUCACUCAUAGCAGCCUACUUGCUGGUGCUCAAUGGGUACAAAAAUGUUUUCCACUUAGAAGGGGGUCUUUACACAUGGUUCAAAGAAGGACUGCCAUCGGAAUCCGGAGAGUGAUAUAUCGAAUGUUUAGAUGGUGCUUCCAUAGAAGCUCAAGUUUUGUCCCCAAGACUGAUUUCUCCCCUUUUCCUUUAGGUUUUGAAUGUGAUUUCUCUUUAGAAAUUUUAAUGGUACCAAGAACCUUGUAUCUUAUCAUCCUAAGUUUUAUGUAUGACAUUUUUCUAUCAA